CAUUUCUAUAAAAAGGCAGGUGGGUCUUGAUAGUAAUUGCUUUGAGUUUGUAGAUUAAUUUGGGAAUUAUUUCCAUUUAAACAUUAUUGAACAUUAUAAUCCAUGAAAAGGGAUAUCUAUUUAUUUAGGUCUUUUACAAUUUCAUGUAACAAUGUAUUGUAGUUUUCAGCGUCUAAGUCUUGUACUUCUUUGGUUAAAUUUAUUGCUAAGUAUUUUGUUCUUUUCAAUAAGGUAAAGUGGCAUGUUAGCUUUUUUUUUGGAUUGUUCGUUGCUAGCGUAUAGAAAUAUAACUGAUUUUAGUAUGCUGAUUUUGUGUUCUGCAGUUUUGUGGAGCUCAUUUAUUAGCUUUCAUAGCUUUUGUGUGGACUCUUUAGGGCUUUCUGUAGAUGAGAUUAUGUCAUAUGUGAAAAAGAUAGUUUUAUUGUUUCCUUUCCAAUCUGGAUGCUUUUUUUAUCUGGCAAGAGUAGACAUUCUAAGCUUAGUCCUGUUAUUAGGGGAAAACCAUUCAGCCUUUCAUCACCAAAGAUGAUGUUAGCUGUGGGUUUUUCAUAGCUGCCCUUUUCCAGUUGAGGGAGUUCCCUUCUGUUCUUAGUUUGUUGAGUGUUUUUAUUUUUUGUUUAUCAUGAACAGAUAUUGGAAUUUGUCAAAUUCUUUUUCUGCAUUAAUUCAAUGAUACUGCAGUUUUAAAAAUUCUGUUAAUAUUAUAUAUUACAUUAAAUGAUUUUUUAUUGUUCGGCCACCCUUGCAUUUCUUGGAUAAAACUCACUUGGUUCUGGUAUAGAAUCCUUUUAAUAUGUUAUUGUAUUCAAUUUGCUGGUAUUUCACUGAGGAUUAUUUGCAUUUCUAUUCACAAGAUUUUGGUCAGUGAUGUUUUUGUCUGACUUUGGUAUAAGGGUGAUAGAGGCUUCACAGGAUGAGUUAGGAAGUAUUCCCUCUUCUUCUAGUUUUGAAAGGAUUUAGGAAGGUUGGUGUUAAUUUUUAUUUAAAAUUUGGCUGGAAUUCACCAGUGAACUCAUCUGGUCCUGGGACUUUUCCUUUUUGGAUGUGUUUUGAUUACUGAAUCUUUACUUGUUCUAGACUUAUUCGGAAUUUGCUCUUUUCUAGUCAGUUUUGGUGAUUUCUGUGUUUUUAAGAUUUUCUGCAUUUCAUCUAGGUUUUCUAAUUUGUUGGCAUACAGUGGUUCAUAGUGUUCUCUUAUCCUUUUCAUCUCUCUAAGAUCAGCAAGAAUGACCAAUCUCACUUCCAUUUCUUAUUUUAGUGAUCUGAGUAGUCUUUUCCUUCGGUCAGUCUAGCUACACAUUUGUUGGUUUUGUUGACUUUUUCAAAGAACCAACUUUUCGUUUUGUUGAUUUUCUUUUUUAAUUUUCUACUUCACUUAUCUCUGCUCUGAUCUUUAUUGUUUCAUUCUGCUUCCUCUGGGUUUAGUUUGCCCUUCUUUUUCUAGUUCAUUUAGAUGGAAGGUUAGAUUAUUAACUUGAGAUCCUCCUCUUUCAAUCAAUGUAGGCAUUUACAGGUAUAAAUUUCCAGUUCUUUGCACUGCUUUUGUUGCAUCUCCUAUGUUUCAAAACGUGGUAUUUUUAUUUUCAUUUAUCUCAAAGUAUUUCCUAAUUUACCCUGUAAUGUUUAUGUGACCCAUUAAUUUUUCAAAAGUGCAUUGUUUAACUUCAACACAUUUGUGAAUUACGAAUUUCCUUCUAUUAUUGAUAUCCAACUUCAUUCCACUGUGUUUGGAAGGGAUACUUGGAAUUAUUUCAGUCCUUUAAAGUUUAUUAAGACUUUUUUUUUGUGGCUUAAUGUAUAGUUAAUCCUGGAGAAUGCACUUGAGAAGAAUGUGUUUUUUGCUGUUGUUGGAUGGGAUGUUCUAUUUGUCUGUUGGGUCUAGUUGGUUUGUAGUGUUAAGUCUUCUAUUUCCUUGUUCUAUCCAUUAUUCUAAUUGUUCUAUCCAUUAUUGAAAGUAGGGUGUUGAUACUUCCAACUAUUAAUGUGGAACUUUCUUUUUUUUCCCUUCAAUUCUGUCAGUUUUUCCUUUGUAUAUUUGGGGCUCCAUUGUUAGGUGCAUAUAUAUUUAUAAAUAUUUAUAAUUAUUUUAUCUUCUUCAUGAAUUGACUCUUAUUAUUACAUAAGGUCUUUAUUUGUCCCUUGUUACAGUUUUUGUCUUAAAGUCUAUUUUGUCUGAUAUUAAUUAAUAUAGCCACUCUAGCUGUUGAAUUUGGUUACUGUUAGUAUGGAAUACCUUUUUCUAUACGUUCACUUUUAACCGAUUUGUGUAUUUGAAUCUAAAAUGAAUCUUUUGUGAACAGCAUAUAGUUGGAUCAUGUUUUGUUAUCCAUUCCAUCCAUCUCUGCCUUUCAAUUGAAGAGUUUAAUAUACAUUUAUGUAUUUGCUGAUAAAGAAAAACUUCUACCAAUAUCCGUGAAGCUUUUACAUUUGUGUUACAUAGCCAAUUAUACUAAGGAGACUAUAACCAGGUACAGCUUUUAGACUUGGGCUUUAUUGUUGGGUCCAUAGUGAAGAAAAUAAAAUGCUAAUUAUUGUCACUGGCCAAAAAAAAAAAAAAAAUUACAAAGAUGUCUAUUAUUUUUUUAAAAGCUUUUGUUUUUAAGUAAUCUCACACCCAAUGUAGGGCUCAAACUCAACCCUGAGAUCAAGAGUUGCAGGCUCCUCUAACUGAGCCAGCCAGGCCCCCCCCUGCCAUUUUAAUAUUGGUUUUCUGUAUGUCUUACGUCCCUUUUUUUGGCUACUCUAUUCCUCCAUUACUGCCUUAUUUAUGUUAAAUUGCCUGACCACCUUUAACGGACAUAUAGGGUGUCUAUAGUCUUGUACUUUUACACACGAUGCUGUAAUGCACGUGUGUCAGUUUACCCAUCAGCAAGCCUAUCUGUGGAUAAAUUUCUACAUUUGGGAAUUCAGCUGCUGCUGGAGCGAUGUUAACAGAAAUAGGGAAACAGGCAAGAAGCCUCUUUUUCUUCCUCAUCUCUCACCCUCUCUCUAGAACUUUGCAUUGCAGAAGUGAACAGGGAGCCUGCCAGCAUGGGAUCUGGGAGUCCUAGCCCCAGUAUCACAGGAUGGAGUAUAACAGAGUAGGGAAGAGGAGAGAACAUGGGUAAAUAGUUGCACAUAAGAAAUCGUCCUAUUCCAGGGGUGCUUGGGUGGCUCAGUUGGCUAAGCGGCCAACUCUUAAUUUUGGCUCAGGUCAUGAUCUCUCGGUUCAAGUCCAUGUCAGGCUCUGCACUCAUAGCAAGGAGCCUGCUUCAGAUCCUCUGUCUCCCUCUUUCUGGCUUGUGGCUUUUCUCUCUUUUUCUCUUAAAUAAAUAAACGUUAAAAAAAAUCAUCUGAUUCCCUUAACAUCUUAUUUCCAAGGGGCAGACUGAUUUUCAACUUCUUAGAAUUAAGUGAAAUUAGGUUCUUAAUAUCAAUUAGAAGAAAUUAAUCUCUCCACAACACAGGUUUGUUAAUCUUGUAGAUUGAGAAUCCCACCCAUGGUUCUUAGUAACCCUCUCUCUUGAUUUAAGCUGUGUAUAUUACUUUAGGCUUACAAUUGUGUCUUUAGUGAUUAAAUUGAAAAAAUGACUCUGGAAAGUGAUGUGCAUCUAAUGGACAAUGCUUCUGUGUCCUUUUCAAAUCUUGGAUGAGCAGGAAUGCUAUCAGUUUCUGCAUUGGUCUAUUGGACAACAUAUUUCAAGACUUAGUCAUAUCUUGCCUUCCUUUUCCCCCAGGUUCCAAUUUAUCUGCCAUUAUCAAAUAGCAUGCCUAAGAGAAGGUGAUUUAUUGCAUGUUUUGGCAUCUAUAGAACAGUAGAAAUGUCUCUUGGAAGUGGAAAAAAAUUUCAUCUGGUGGGCAUAUUCUAGGGUAACUGUAUUUUUUGUUUCUGUCUGGAACAAUUCUGUUUUAAACCUGCUGUCCUGGCAUAAUCAAUAAUAGUACCCUUUCUUUUUCUAAAACGUGCCCUAGUUUGGUUGAUACGGUCACUGGAUAUGAAACUUACCCAUCUGACUGAUGUUUAAGCCAUCUUAUCUGGUAUGGUUCUACUCUAGGAAAUUUGAAAACUUAACCUCUGAGAUGUUAGCUGUGUCAUUCAUUGGUCACCAUGUGGGGAAGUCAUACAGAGAGAGAGAGUAAAGUCUGGGGUUGAGGUUAACAAGAGGGGCCUGUGACUGCAUAUGUAGUUGCAUAGACAUAAUAUAUAAGGAUCUUUAUUUAACAUAUGUGCUUUCACAGGAUGUGCACACAUACCUCCAGGCACGUGCACAUCUCUAAAAAGAGGGAGAGAGAAAAUCCCAAUCAGGCUCAGAGCCCGACGUGGGGCUAGAACUCACGAACCAUGAGAUCAUGAACCUGAACCGAGAUCAAGAGAUCAUGAACCUGAACUGAGAUCAAGAUUAACCCACUGACCCACCCAGGAACCCUCCCCCUUUUUAAUGUUCAUUUAUUUAUUUAUUGAGGUGGGGAGGAGGGACAGAACAAGAGGGAGACAGAGAAUCCCAAGUAGGCUCCGUGCUGUCAGUGCAGAGCCCGAUACGGGGCUCGAAUUCACCAACUGUGAGUUCAUGACCUGAGCCGAAAUCAGGAGGUGGAUGCUUAACCAACGGAGCCACCCAAGCAUCCUGGUGGUGUUAUUCUUUAUUAAAAGAAUGCUUCUUUUCAAGAUGAGAGAUCCUAUUAAUCUUUUAAAGAUUGAAAGUCCUUGUUGGGAUGAGCGCUGGGUGUUGUAUGUAAGCCAAUUUGACAAUAAGUUAUAUUAAAAAACAAAUUGAAAGUCUUGAGUGCAAGGGUGUAACAGGGAAUGCCUGGUAUGGACCAGCUGUUGAGACUCCACACAGCAACAAUGGCCAAGUGUUCUUUAGGUUGUGAGCAGGGUUUGACUUUCACUGUGGUUUGAGUAGCUCUGUUGUUAGUGCCUUUCACACAUUUUCAUGGGAUUUUCUUAAAACUUUUUAAGUGAGUUUAGACAUGUCUAUUAUGAAUCCUUUUUUUUUUUUUUUAAGAACAAUUUUGAAAGUGUUCUCAGAUAGGCAAAUUAGAGUGACAACCUCAGUUUUCCUCCUUUUCACUGUUUCGGGAUAUUUGUCACGUAUUUUCUGGGCCAGGUGUAGAUAAGUGCAAAUAAAUUUGCUGUUGAGGUGGACAAUCAUGUGUCUCACUACCCCGGUGUUGUUACUAAUACUCAAAAGAACAAGUGCGAUUUCAUUAAGGGUAACCUCUUUUCUCUGGGAAUACCAUUUGGUGCCACUUUGGAAUUGGCUUUGGAAAGGCUGGGACCAGCUUAAUAUUGCUUGCUUCCUAUAACUGUAUGCUAUUUGGCACAGGCAGUCUCGCAAAUCGAACAGAAAGAUCAUCUCCGGUGGAAACUGUUGGAGGUCAUGUGUAUGCAACUUUCUCUGAGUUUGAAGAUAGUUGUUUUCCUGUUUUUAGUUGUCUUAUACGCAAGGGAUUUCCAGGAACUCCUAAUGAGUGUGAAUCAGAAGGAAUCAACCAAGUCCAAUCAGAAAGACCUCAAGGUGGGUUUUAUUUUGGGGGUGAGAAGUGAUGGGUGCCUGGCUGGCUCAGUCAGUAGAGCAGUAAACUUAAAAGUUUAUUGCAACUCUUGAUCUUGGGGUUGUAAGUUUGAGCCCCACUUUGGGUGUAGAGUUUGCUUAAGAGGAAAAUCUUUACAAAAAAUAAUAAAAGCGAGGCUUUGGUUUUCUGAAAAGAAUGCAUUCUUUCAGAUGCUCCUUCUGGCGAGGGUUCCUCAUGGUGGCAGAGGACUUCAUGUGUCAGGUGGUAAGAGUGGAUUUCAUUUCUACCCCUUCCUACAGAUGGCACAGGAGGGCUCCUUCUGUGUUUGAUCCACAGGUGGUGUGGGCAGGGAGUUGUCUUUGUUGAUGCAGGAAUCUUCUUUUCCCCAAAACUUGUCAUAGAAUCAACGGUAAUAGUACGUUAGUUCCAUUUGGUUAAUAAUUACAAUUAUUUGGAUUUCUUCCUGCCAUUUUCCACAUUUACUUUUCCAAUAUGGGAAAAACUCAAAGGGAAUAUUUCAUCUUCACUGUAGGAAUGAGCAGUAAUUCAGAAAAUGCAAAGAGCUUCUUAGCUUUGAUUUAAUCCAUAAAUGACUUGAGGAAAACCAAAGAAGGAAGAUAAGAGAUACAGAAGGCAAUGGGAUUCUAUUUUGAGAAAGAGAGCAUGAGCUGGGUAGGGGCAGAGAGAGAGUGGGACAGAGUGAAAGAGGGAGAGAGAGAGGCCCACGCAGUCCAUGCUGUCAGCACAGAGCCCGAUGUGGGGCUCGAUCCCAUGACCUGAGCCACAAUCAAGAGUCGGAUGCUCAACCGACUGAGCUACCCUGGCACCCCAGCAAUGGGUUUCUUAAAGUGAGAGCAGACCACCUGUCUGGUUUGCCUGCAGUUAUAACCCUCACUGCUUACUAUGGUGGUGGCCAGAGUUUUGACUUUUUCUUUGUGGUUCAUAUGACCUUGUGUUCCCAGUAUUUACCAAAUGUUUUAAAUAGUUUUCCAAAAAAUUUCCUUGUUCGUUUCCCACAGUGUGCACAUUCAGACCAUAAAAGGACCUAUUGAGAUACAUGUUAAAAUUCCACAAAUGAUAGUGUCUCUUAAUGAUAGGUGUUGAGAUUUCUAUUUACAGGGAUUUAGAGUAGCUUAAUGAUAAGCUAAAUUUUUCUAGUUCUUUGAUAUUUUCCUUUUUGCUUCUUUGGGAUAGUCUCUCUCGAUAGAUUUCCACAGCCUGCUUCCCUUAAGCUCAGUCAUCAUUAAUGGAGCAACUACUUCUUGCGAUAACUUUUUUCUGUACGGUGGAGGGUACCAAGUAAAAGAAGAGAAUUUAUCAGAUGUAGUCUCUGCUUUCUAGAACCUUACAUUGGGAAGGGAUGGAUGGGGAGAAAAAACUAGCAGAUUGUAAUGCACGCUCUACUGGAGGUAAACAGAAUCACAGGACUAUGGGGGCAGGCGGAUUCAUUCCAUCUGGAUAGGCUUGAGGGAGGUGUGUGGGGAUUGUGGCAUUUGAGAUUGCCAUUUCGUUCCUGGAUGGGAAUAGGCAGGUGGGUGUUGGGUUCGGAGGGUGUUUUAAAUAAUGGAAACCGCUUGAGGGAAGGCUUAGAAACGGAGCAGCACUUGGCAUUUGUUCGGGGAGGAAGGGGAAUGAUAGGUUGUUUUGUUUAUUUUUAUUUUUUUAAUGUUUUUUUAUUUAUUUUUGAGAGAGAGGGAGACAGAAUGCGAUUGGGGGAGGGGCGGAGAGAGAGGGAGACACAGAAUCUGAAGCAGGCUUCAGGCUCCGAGCUGUCAGCACAGAGCCUGAUGCAGGGCUUGAACCCACGAACCGUGAGAUCAUGACCUGAGCUGAAGUCGGAUGCUUAACCGACUGAGCCACCCAGACGCCCCAUAGAUUGUUUUGGGUACUGGGAUCAUACAUAGUCUUAGCAGGAGAAGCCACGGUAGAAGAUGAAGUACUUACUGGAGUUCAUCUAUGUGGGAAAUCUCCCUUUGCCAUUUACAUCCAACUCUGACACAUAAUAAUGAAGAUGUAAUAUGUGAUCAUAAUUUAAAAAUCUGUCGUUAUGAGACAAAAAUCAAGAAGCAGUAUAUAUGGUGGUUGAAAACAUAGGUUUUGAAGCUGGAUUGCCUGGGUUCAAAUCCUGAAUAGCUGUGUGACCUCGGGCAAGUUACUCAGUCUCUCUGAUGCCUCACUUUCCUUGUGUAUAACAUGGGGAUAACAAUAGUGCUUACAAAUUUAUUGCCACGAUUAAAUGACUAGCAGGUAAGGUAUUUACAACAGUAUAUAAAUAUUACUAGUUAUUAGUAGUAAUGGUUAUUUGCAAUUUGAUUUUUUUUUCCUCUGAGAAAGAUUGGAUUGGUCUUUUUAUAGAUUAUAUACUCUGUGUAAUUAAUUGUAGCAUCCCAGGCCUAUAAGUGCAUGAAGACUCUCAGAGCAGAAUUUUCACUGGGAUAAAAAUGUCUAUCUUUCAGAGAACUUCGGUGCUUUGCACUAGAGCUGUCUGGUUUUACCUACUCCUUUCUGGGACACAGCUGACUUGGAGAGUGUUAUGUGCCAAGAACCUUGCAAAGAAAGAUUUCUUCAGACUCCCCGACCCCUUUGCAAAGAUUGUGGUGGAUGGAUCUGGGCAGUGCCACUCAACGGACACUGUGAAAAACACAUUGGACCCAAAAUGGAACCAGCACUAUGAUCUAUAUGUUGGGAAAACUGAUUCCAUAACCAUCAGCGUGUGGAACCACAAGAAGAUUCACAAGAAGCAGGGAGCUGGCUUUCUGGGCUGUGCGCGGCUGCUUUCCAACGCCAUCAGCAGAUUAAAAGAUACUGGAUACCAGCGUUUGGAUCUAUGCAAACUAACUCCCUCAGAUACUGAUGCAGUUCGUGGCCAAAUAGUGGUCAGUUUACAGACACGAGACAGAAUAGGCACUGGAGGGUCUGUGGUAGACUGCCGAGGACUGUUAGAGAAUGAAGGAACUGUGUAUGAAGACUCAGGACCUGGAAGGCCUCUCAGCUGCUUCAUGGAGGAGCCAGCCCCUUACACAGACAGUACUGGUGCUGCGGCUGGGGGAGGGGACUGCAGGUUUGUGGAAUCCCCAAGUCAAGAUCAAAGGCUCCAGGCACAGCGACUUCGAAAUCCUGAGGUCCGGGGGUCACUACAGACACCUCAGAACCGUCCCCACGGCCACCAGUCGCCAGAACUGCCCGAAGGCUAUGAGCAAAGGACAACGGUGCAGGGGCAAGUUUACUUUUUGCACACGCAGACUGGAGUUAGCACGUGGCACGACCCCAGAAUACCAAGAGACCUUAACAGCGUGAACUGUGAUGAACUCGGACCACUGCCACCAGGCUGGGAAGUCAGAAGUACAGUCUCGGGGAGAAUAUAUUUUGUAGAUCAUAAUAACCGAACAACCCAGUUUACAGACCCAAGGUUACAUCACAUCAUGAAUCACCAGUGCCAACUAAAGGAGCCCAGCCAGCCGCUGCCAUUGCCCAGCGAGGGCUCGGUGGAGGAUGAGGAGCUUCCCGCCCAGAGAUACGAGAGGGAUUUAGUCCAGAAGCUGAAGGUCCUCAGACACGAGCUUUCACUUCAGCAACCCCAGGCUGGUCAUUGCCGCAUCGAAGUGUCCAGAGAAGAAAUAUUUGAGGAGUCUUAUCGCCAGAUCAUGAAGAUGCGGCCAAAGGAUCUGAAGAAGCGACUGAUGGUCAAGUUCCGGGGAGAAGAAGGUUUGGAUUAUGGCGGAGUGGCCAGGGAGUGGCUCUAUUUAUUGUGCCAUGAAAUGUUGAAUCCGUAUUAUGGACUCUUCCAGUAUUCUACGGACAACAUUUACAUGUUGCAAAUCAACCCGGAUUCUUCGAUCAACCCCGACCAUCUGUCUUAUUUCCAUUUUGUGGGUCGGAUCAUGGGUCUCGCCGUAUUCCACGGACACUACAUAAACGGGGGCUUCACGGUUCCCUUCUAUAAGCAGCUACUGGGGAAACCCAUCCAGCUCUCUGAUUUGGAGUCGGUGGACCCAGAACUCCAUAAGAGCUUAGUGUGGAUUCUAGAGAACGAUAUCACCCCUGUGCUAGACCACACUUUCUGUGUGGAACACAAUGCUUUCGGGAGGAUUCUUCAGCAUGAACUGAAACCCAAUGGCCGCAACGUUCCUGUCACAGAGGACAACAAGAAAGAAUAUGUCCGGUUGUAUGUAAAUUGGAGGUUCAUGCGGGGGAUUGAAGCCCAGUUCUUGGCUCUUCAGAAGGGGUUUAAUGAACUCAUUCCUCAACACUUACUGAAGCCGUUUGACCAGAAGGAACUGGAGCUGAUCAUAGGCGGCCUGGAUAAGAUCGACGUGAGCGACUGGAAGUCCAACACUCGGCUGAAGCACUGUGUGGCCGACAGCAACAUUGUCCGCUGGUUCUGGCAGGCUGUGGAGACCUUCGAUGAGGAGAGGAGGGCCAGACUGCUGCAGUUUGUGACCGGGUCCACUCGGGUCCCUCUCCAAGGCUUCAAGGCUUUGCAAGGUUCUACAGGCGCGGCAGGGCCCCGGCUCUUCACCAUCCACCUGAUCGACGCCAAUACAGACAACCUUCCGAAGGCCCACACCUGCUUUAAUCGGAUCGACAUUCCACCUUACGAGUCGUACGAGAAGCUCUACGAGAAGCUGCUGACGGCUGUGGAGGAGACUUGCGGGUUUGCCGUGGAGUGAAGAGAGCAACCAAAGGCAACAGAUUCUAGCUCACGACCACCAGACCAAAAGCAAGCUUUCUGUGCGCCUCCUGCAAAGCUGGCUGAGGCCCGGGAACCCUAGAUGACCCGAGGGAAAGGGUUUUCUCCCCUCCUUUUCAUUGGGGGAGCGAGGGGGGUGGGGGGACUUUGGUUGGUGGCUCCCACCCAUAUUUUCCUCCUUUCUGACAGUGAUCCCCGCCCCCCCCCCCCCCCCCCUCCAUCACCCAUCCAAUAAAAUGCAGCCAGGUUUAGCAUUUGGCUUCGGUCACACAGGAUACCCUGCAGCGACUGUAACCCACAUGGUUGGUGAUAGGCUCACUGCCCUGUGGUCUUUAUAGGAGGAUCGACCCACAAGUUCUGGAACUGAGCUUGGCUUACUGAGGGUUUGUAACCGGUAGCUCUUCUGUCUCCAGACAGUCCUGAGGUCCCUUUUCAAGUUCUGCAGUUCAAAUUCCAGUCACACCCUAGCAGCCUGCUCUGGGAAGCAGAUUAAUUUCUAACUGAAAAAUAACCAUAUUGUCCAUUGGAAUUCUGCCCCAGCAGGAAGCUUGCAUCCAAAAUCUGCUUCCCUUUUGGAAAAGUAAAGGAACUGGGGCAGCUUUUGCUGGAGGCCUGGGGUAUUUUUAAGGGGAUCCUGGCUGAAAAAACUUGUUUUGCAUAGAGAAAAAUGAUCUUCCUUUUAAGAGUCCCUUUUGCCACAUUAUCUGUCUAGCUUGAGAUAUUUUUCCAGUGAAAAUACCACAUAACAGAGCUUAUAAAAGAACACACCAAACCAGCCUCAGAUCCAUGCAGCCAGUCCCGGGCUGCGGCUCCCCCACCACCUGUAUGUCGAGGAGGAUCGGCUGGGUCACUUGAAUACUAACCAAGUGUUGUGCGGAAGUUGCUAAGAGCUGAACUAACAGAAUUCUGCUGUUGUAGCUGCUGGCUUGGUGCAAAGUAGCCUCACAGAGAGAGAGGGAACGGGCCACCCCACUGACUUAAAUCCACCCUGAGUUACGGUUUUACGAAGAGUAGGGCACGAAUGCAAACCUGUCGGUGGAGGGGACCCUUCACCCUGGCUCAUUCUGCUCGUUUCCCAAGUGUCGGGUGGAGACGCGAACAAUCGCUACUACUCAGUUUGCUCGCCCAGACGUCCUCACGUGACGAGCAAGGCCAAAGCAAGCCUGGACCCUGAGUUUCCAACACCAUUUUCCAAUUUGCACAGAAGUUCAACAGUAUUUGAACAAGGUGGUUUGAUUUGCGAUGAACUUCCGUGAAGGGCAGCAGCCAAUCGUCCUGUUUGGUUUUUUUGCUGUUGUUUUGUUUGGUGGGGGGGUGGGGGGGCACAUGCGGGGUAAUUCAUCAGGAAGACAUUUCACUGUCGGAAGUUUGCCGUUGGUUUUGGAGUUAAGCGUUGGGAUCCAGCUGCGGGUCUGAGGUGGGUCUGGAAGGCUUUCGGGUGACUCUUUUUGUCACCGAUACCUCCGGAGCUAGGUGAGUUUGGAGGCGAGCUCACCCUUGUGGGUCUUGCCGUGUGGUUCUUUGGCUUGCCCGGAAGCAUUCUGUGGCUGCCGUGCGGGAGCUCGGGAACCCCUGGGAGAUAGACCCUCCCUCGGAACAAGAAGUUCACCUGGUUCGGUGGGCCGUGGGCUAGCGGCUGUGGGUUCCAAGAGCUGUGAGAGAGCGCGCGUCUGGCCAUUUACGGAGGAGGUGCCAGGGUAGAGAGGAUGUCAAGUGUGACUGCUGCAGAGGAGAGAUUAAAUCCGUUCAGGAAGUCCAGGCCGUAUCAUGGGCUUGGACUGUCAUAAGUUCUGCCUUGCCCCGGUCAGGCUUACCCCGAGUCUCGCUCGUUUACCAUCGUCCUUCAGAGGGCGUUCUAGAAGCUGGCUCCCCCUGACUCUCUAGUCCUCCCUCUUAACCUUCCUCUGCGAGAGUAAGGAAAUGUCGGCUAUGGCCCUUCCCCCACAGAGGCCUCCUCUCGAAGGUGCACCUCAACCCCCCAGUGUGAGGAGGAGACCUCCACAGAGAGCUGAGGGCACAUCCAGACCGAGUGGGGGAACCACGGACUGUUCCUGUGGUUUGGCCCAGAGCUGCAGGAAUGAGCGGGGAGACAAGGGUCUAGCGGGACUGUGGCACGUGGCUCCUGUAAGACGAUCUUCCUGCUGUCGGGAGGAACAGUCCUUAGAACCCGUGCCUGCCAGCCCCAUGCUGCCCGCGGGUGUCAGGCGUGGGCCCAGCACUCGGGACCGGCCUUAAGGCGGGGCUUUCCUCCCUCAUCAGUCGUCCUUGUCAGCUGUGUGUGACAGUGGGGCCUGAAAGAGCAGAACUUUCCAGAACCCUGGUUUACUCUCGCCAGACAGGCCCGUCAGUAGCAUCGCACUUCUAGAACCUUGGAUUAGGCCUUUUGAACCACGGAAAGAGCAGUGUGGCAGACAGUGGGGAAAAGCUCCCGAUGACUCCACUUUGGGUCCACGGGGACCCUGUUCCCACGAGCUCUCGUUUGUGGCCCUUGGUGAUCCCCAACACCCCCCGCCCCCGCCGUCCCCUUCCCACCCCUUGGCCCGGAUGCUUCAGGGGCCCGACUUGCAGGCUUGCCCUCACCAGCGGUCAUCAGCCGACCCUCAGGGAUGCAGCAAACCACCGCUCUGCCAGCGCUGUAGGAAGGAGAAACAAAGGGGCUGCUUGGGGGACACAGUCAGGGCAGCUCUCCCUGAGGGGAGACUCUGCCCGCCAGGAGUCCCGUGCUCCCCGAGCUUGCUCGGCCGCGUGGUCCCAAGUCAGGUGAGGGGGUCCUCCACCCUGAGCUGUCAGGAGUGGCCUUCCGCAGAGAACCCGCCCCAUCCCCCCGGCCCUGUCCGCAGCCAGGCGCGUGCCGCACGGCAGCCUUCCCGAAACAUAGUAUGAAUUUUUAAAAUUUGUUUAUUUUUGUUUCUCAACCACUUUAUAAUGUAUUUUUUAAUUUAUUUUGUAAUGUCUUGUUUUUAAGUAUUGCUGCUAUCCUUGUUAUUCUUCCCACUGUUUUUAUUGCUGAUUUAUUUUGUGAAAAUUGUACACUAAUGUUCCGUUUUAUGUCAAAAUCAAAAGUAUUUAAAGAAAUACUAGUUCUAUUUAAUGUGGUUAUGGAACCAGCUGGAAACACAAAACAAACAGUGAUUGUACAGCAGGCUGGACCCAGGAGGUCAGGUUCAUUUUGUUACAUAUGCAAUAAACUCACGACUUUACAUUUU